AUGGCACCGACGAAGUAUGUUGAUCGCCCUGUGCCGACAAUCUCCCUCCGCGACUUCGAUGCGCGCAUCGAUGUGAUUACCCAGGAACUUGUCGAUGCUGCAGAGAACCACGGUUUCUUCUGCAUCGUGGACCACGGCAUAACACGCGACGCUGUCGACGGCAUCUUCAAUCAGUCAGCGCGAUUCUUCAAUCAGCCCGAUCCCGUGAAAUCGCAAGUGCCAUUCUCCCCUCAACACAACGCCGGAUGGGAGAAGAAUGCUCAAAUCCGGCCAUCUACUGGUGCAGUCGACCGCAAAGAGUCUUAUCAAAUGCAAUUCGGCGAAGGCAUGAACGGUCGAUGGCUGAGUGACCAGACCCUUCCGGGGUUCCGAGCGGAGGCUUUGGAGUUCAUGCACAGAGUACAGGCAGUCAGCGAGAGGCUCAUGAGGUGCUUCGCGCGAGGGUUGAACUUCGAGGAAGAUUACUUCGUCAAAGCUCACGAUGUCAGCCGACCAGAGUCUCAGACUGUUUGCCGAUUAUUACAUUACUUUGAGACUCCACAGGUGCCGAAUCCAACAGGAGAGGUACAUCAUCGAGCGGGCGCACACGCCGACUGGGACUUCUUGACUCUGCUGUUCCAGAAAGCAGGGCAGUCUGGUCUUGAGAUCUGUCCGGGGCGAGAAGUAUCAACUUCGUUCGGGUACGGGGAUGCGUGGACCAAGGUUGAGCCGGACGCAGACAAGAACGCAAUCGUCUGCAACGUCGGUGACCUCCUUAUGUCGUGGUCAGAUGACCGCUUCAAGUCGACUUUUCAUCGUGUCAAGGCUCCAUGUGAGCCUGAUGACUUCUACGGCGAGCGCUACAGCAUCGCCUUCUUCAAUCAGCCAUGCAAAGACGCCAAGAUCCAGGGCCCACUGAAGAAGUAUCCAAUGGUGACGGGUGAGGAGUUUACGAGAAAUGCCAUGAGCCGGAAUUAUCAGGCUAUACAAGAUAAACUAAAGAAGGAGAAGGAGCCGGCGGUAGCGGUUGUCGAAGUGAGCGCGACGGUAGCUGAGCCUUCUAUUCUUGAAACCAAGUUCGACCGUUUAAACCCCACAAGCAACACGACAAGCACAAUACCAAUGGUUUCAGUGACUCUGCCCUUGGCAGAUCCUUCGCCCAUCGAGAAGCUGCCCGCCGAGUUACUAGAGUGCAUAUUGCUGGAAGUUGCGAAGCAUGCUGUACCGCCAGUUACCGAAGACGAAGACAGUGAAUCUGUUGUCUAUCGAUACACCCAGGAAGAGGAGCAAGCGUGUUCGCUCGCAUUUCGCCUCACGAGCCGUCGCUUCCGUAAUUGUUCAUGGAAGGCUUUCGGUGCUUAUCUGGGCGAAACGAUAUUCGAUCUUAGAUCGCGUCAAAGUAUAUCCAACCUUACCGCAGCGUCUACGUGCGAGCAUCUGGCUCCUUGGGUUACAAAGCUUAUCAUAGCCUGCGCUGAAGUGCCCCCGGGGUACCCACUCGAUCAUGGGGCAAUGCCGAUGCGGAUGGAGCAGGCAGAGUGGGAUCAACUACGCCAAGACUCUUACUCAGAUCUACUUCAAAUCAAAUUGGCUGAAGACUCUUGGUACCCCCGCAUUUGGAAGCAGAAGGGCUACGGAUCUCCAAUGACGGGUAGCGGCAUUCCUACUUCCGCAUCGCCUCCACGUCUUGCUAGAGCCUCCACCUCUAUGAGCAUCAUCCAGGAGGCCGGGAUGAGGGCCCUUCAAGAGGUCUUAGCCCAGGUUUUUUUCUGCUUCAAGAACAUCGAAAAUAUCGAAUUCUAUCACCAGCCUCGUACCCGACCCGGGCGAUAUCAUAACCUAUUCCAGAAGUUUCGAAAUAUCCCACGCUACCGCGAAGAAGAGGAUAUGAGAAAUGCUGGUAAUAUAGCUCAUCUUGGCCUUCAAAUCCUCGUUCAAGCCAUGGUAGCAUCGAAGAUCACAGUCCGCACGAUGACUCUGGCCGUCGAUCUCGAUGAACAUCACGCGUUCAUCACCAACAUCCCCUCUGUAAUCUUCGCGAAAGCCAGUCAAAAGCAGGCUCGGUGCAUCUCAUUCGAGAGCCCGGCAGAUUGCGAAUACCGCUCCGCGUUGGAGUCCGUGCGCAAUCUUCACGUCGAGACACUUGAGAUUGAGCAUCGUUACGGGGAGGAGGCCUUCUGGAAGUCGAUCAACAGCGAAGAAGCGGGUUACGAAUCGGAAGAUUCAGAGACGUUAGAUCUUGAGGAGUUCCCGAAAAAGCUUGCGAAAACAGUCAAAUUUCAUCCACCUUCGUUCCAAGUUGCACUAGAACGGUACUGGCUCAAACAUCCUGAAGGACAGUCGGGCCGCGAUGAGUGA